ACUGAAAUUAUAAGUGGAGUUUGUGUGAAUAGAAUAGAAAUACUGUUACUCUACGAUUCUUGUUAUGAUUAUCAUUAGACUCUGUUGAUAAUGUAGUUCCUAUUCAUAAUUAUCGUUUUGUUAAUGAUUAAUAUUUGGUAUGACGUAUCCUUCGCGAGGUGGCCUUAUAUUUGAUAUCAGUUUUCGUAAUUGAUUCUUAUGUGAAAGAACGUGGAUUAUUGCCGUUUAGUGCAGUCGGCAUCGUAGGAUAGUGUCAUGGCGCGACAACAAUGACAGAAAGUGUGUUUCUCACCGACGAUUUCGGUAUUAAAUCUAAUAUGUGGGGCGGUUUUCGUUGUAACAAGGGCUUCCUAAUAUUGUUCCUAGUUCAUGUGAUAGCAUUUCAAAGUUUUAUAUAUUAUCAGUCGUACAAAUGGGAAGAGCUACAGGAUAAGCUGGAGUCGAUAAUCCUCGAGCAACGAGAUGUGUACGGGCUAACAUACAGCAUAAUCAAAAGGUUAGAGGAGCACGAUGCGUUCACUGGAAACAAACGGGAACCCGUUGAUGAGCCUACGAUUUAUGCGAUUACCCCUACAUUCGCUAGACCUGUACAAAAAGCCGAAUUGACACGGUUGUCGCAAACAUUUUUACAUGUACCGAACUUCCAUUGGAUCCUCGUAGAAGAUGCUGCGAGAAAGACAAAACUCGUUACGCAUUUUUUAGAGAACAGCGGUUUAAUUUACACCCACUUGGCGGCAGCAACUCCGCCUAAUUACAAAUUAGGUCGAAACGAUCCUAAUUGGAAGAAGCCACGUGGCGUCGAGCAACGAAACGCAGCGUUACGCUGGCUUCGAGAGUAUCUCAAACCGACAGACAAAGGGAUAGUAUUUUUUGCUGACGAUGACAAUACGUAUUCAGUUCAAUUGUUUUCCGAGAUGGUGAAAAUUCAGAAGGUCGGCGUGUGGCCGGUUGGUCUAGUUGGCGGUUUAAUGGUGGAGAAACCAAUAUGUGAUAACGUUACUAAUAAGGUAAUCGGUUUCAACGCAGCUUGGAAGCCAGAUCGACCGUUUCCGUUGGAUAUGGCAGGCUUUGCGAUCAACUUGAGGCUUUUAUUGGAGAAUCCAGAUGCUGUCUUUUCGUAUGACGUUCAGGGUGGUUAUCAGGAGAGCGAAAUUUUGAAACAAAUCGUCAGUAGGGAUGAACUAGAGCCAUUGGCAGAUUGUUGCACAAAGGUAUAUGUGUGGCAUACACGAACAGAACCGCCGCAAUUAAAUGUGGAGCAACUUUUAAUAAAGAAAGGUAAACGUUCCAAUCUAGGCAUUGAAGUGUGAUAAAAGAGUUAGACUGUAGUGUGCAAUAUUUUAUUAUUACCGAAAGAAUCUCGCAACGCGAUAGAGCGUUUUAACGUUUACUGUAUGUGGGGAACGUGAACUGAAAACGAAGAAUGAAUUUUAUAUACGCUUUUUAUUAUCAUCCGCGCACUUGGCCAUGUACUUUUUAUCAUUGGAGAACAAUGCAGUGCCAUAACGCGUAGUUCGCUUAUAGCUGCAUAUUUGGUGAGGACGUAAAACGAGAUAUUAAUGGAUUCCAAGUAGAACCUGCGUAUUGAUAUUAUAAUGUGGCAGGUCUGAUAUAUUCUAUCGUUAACGAAUCGAUCGUUUUUUGUUUUUGUACUUUUUACGUGCCUGUUAGUGCAAAGUCUUUCAAUACAAUAAAACG